AUGAUUGAUAUUGGCAUCAAUCUGACCGAUGGUAUGUAUCAAGGCAUUUAUCAUGGCCAUAAAAGACAUGUGGCUGACAUAGAAGCGGUUCUCUCACGUGCAGUUACUGUUGGUGUGCGCUGCCUUCUUAUAACUGCCGGUUCUUUAGAAGAAAGUCGUCAGGCGAUUGCACUUUGCAAGAAGUAUAACUCUAACGAUCUUCAGUGUUUUUGUACUGUAGGUUGUCAUCCGACGAGGUGCGGUGAGUUUGUGCAGGAUCCAGAGCGAUACUAUAAUGACCUACGUGUAUUGGUAGCGGAGCACACGGUGAAAAAAGAUGGUGGAUGUGUUGCGGCUGUUGGUGAGAUUGGUUUGGACUAUGAUCGUCUUUUCUUUUGCGACAAGGAAGUGCAGUUGCCAUACUUUAUUAAACAGUUGGAGCUGGCGGAGGAGUUUGAACUUCCCCUCUUUCUUCAUGAUCGUAACACUGGAGAUGACUUUUACAAUAUCCUUAAGCAAUACCGUCAUAAAUUUAAUGGUGGAGUUGUUCACAGCUUUACUGGGUCAAAAAAAGAAUUGGAAAUGCUUUUAGAAUUGGGUCUUUACAUUGGAGUAAACGGAUGUAGUCUAAAAUCAGCUGAUAAUAUUGAUGUUGUGAAGUCCAUUUCGCUAGAUAGAAUCAUGAUCGAAACAGAUGGGCCGUGGUGUGAGAUGCGCAACACACACGCUUCACAUGAAGUGUUGAUGGGCGCAGCGAAAUGUGGUGGAGUAUCUGAGGCAUUACUCGCAUCAUUUCCUACUUGUCGCAAAGAGAAAUUUGUUGAAGGGUCCUUGGUUAAGUCUCGCUGUGAGCCUUGCCACAUUGUACGAGUUCUUGAAGUUAUCUACGAACUCCACCGUGAGAAGGUGCCAUCGAUAGAAGCUCUGGCUGUGAGUAUUUAUGAAAAUACACGAAAGCUAUUUCCUUUUCGACCACACAACGCGUGUCAAUAA